UAACCGGCAUUUCAGUUUCGUACCGCGGCAAGGAGCGGAAUAGUCUAUUUCAGUUAUUUAUUUAUUUAUUUGUAUUUAAGAAACCGUGAAAAUGUUGUGCCUGUGCCUAUACGUGCCCAACUCUGAUCAAACCGAGUUCGAGUAUUUUGAGUCAAACGGACUACCAUCUGAAUUAAAAUCCCUCUUCAAAUUGAGUUUAUUUCUUCCCUCUCAAGAAUUUUCAACCUAUCGAAAGUGGCGAAAGAAAAGCGUAAAAGCCGAAGAGAAGGACCUUGAUGGGCAGCUGGACUUUGAAGAGCUCGUCCACUACCUGCGAGCUCACGAAAAGAAACUGCGGCUUGUCUUCAAGAGCCAGGACGAGAAGGACAAUGGGCGAGUGGAUACACAGGAGAUCAUGCAGUCACUGCGGGACCUUGGAGUGCACAUUUCAGAGAGGCAGGCACAGAGGAUAUUAAAAAGCAUGGAGAAGAACGGAACGAUGACAAUCGACUGGAACGAGUGGAGAGAUUACCAGAUGUUGCACCCCGCCGACAAUAUACCUGAGAUCAUCUUGUACUGGAAGCACUCCACGAUAUUUGACAUUGGUGAGAAUUUGAUGGUUCCUGAUGAGUUCACGGCGCAAGAAAAGAUGAUGGGGAUGUGGUGGCGACACCUGGUAGCGGGAGGUGGAGCUGGCGCUGUGUCUCGGACCUUCACGGCGCCACUUGACCGACUCAAAGUGCUCAUGCAGGUGCAUGGGUCUCAUGGCUGCAAAAUGAGCAUUGUGGGAGGACUGACCCAGAUGAUUCAAGAAGGUGGGAUGAGGUCUCUGUGGCGAGGAAAUGGCAUCAACAUCCUUAAAAUUGCACCAGAGUCCGCCAUCAAGUUCAUGGCCUACGAACAGAUCAAACGGUUGAUUGGCAGCAAACCAGAGACACUAGGGAUAGCGGAGAGGUUUUUGGCUGGCUCUCUGGCAGGAGUCAUUGCACAAAGCAGCAUCUACCCAAUGGAGGUCCUGAAGACCCGGCUGGCCCUGAGAAAGACCGGGCAGUACUCCGGCAUCGCCGACUGCGCCAAGCAGAUCUGUCAGAAGGAGGGGCUGGGCGCUUUUUACAAGGGCUACGUUCCCAACAUGCUGGGCAUCAUCCCCUACGCGGGCAUCGAUCUGGCCGUGUACGAGACACUGAAGAACUCGUGGCUGCAGAACUACGCCACCGAUAGCGCGGAUCCUGGCGUGUUUGUCCUACUGGCCUGCGGCGCAGUCUCCAGCACCUGCGGUCAGCUGGCCUCCUACCCUUUGGCUCUGAUCCGGACCCGGAUGCAGGCACAAGCCACUGUAGGCGGAGGGCCCCAGAUGACCAUGUCUGGCCUCUUCAAGCAUAUCGUCAGGACAGAGGGGGCCUCGGGGCUCUACAGGGGCCUGGCCCCAAACUUCAUGAAGGUCAUUCCUGCUGUCAGCAUCAGCUACGUGGUGUAUGAGCACGCGAAGAGGACGCUUGGUGUUCGGUGAUGGGGGUGUGCACAACCGCUGGAAGCUUCAACUGGACUUGGGGUGGGGGGGUGGACUACAUUGUGGCCUAAGGGGGCCCCAUGGCAAGGGGUGGGGGGGGCUGAGGAUCUGUGGUGCUGUUGGAGGUUUGCACAACCGUCUCAUUCUGUGAAUGUCGGCCGGUGAAGUAAGUUUAACACUAGAAAAUUUAAAAGCUGCUGAUGGGCUGUUGACCCUCUGAACUGUGACAAAGGGGGGAGGCUUCUUUUAUAAUAUUAAUGAUAGUAAUUAUUGCCAUUUGUCUAUUUGAUUUGUUUUAAUAAUCACAAGAGGACACCGUGAGAUGAGCUGCGGUUGUCUUGUAGUAACUGCUAUCUCGAAUGAAUGAGUAAACCGAUGUGUCUCGUCAAUAUAUGCAGGGUUUCUGCUGCCUUCGGUCUAGAAGGGGAGUCAGUCACGCCCUAAUUAGGGACCAAUAAUCUGUCUUGUCACUUGUGCAUUGGGGUACAUAUGUGACCUGUCUAUUCUUGUCUGUGUUUGCAAGAGGGAUGCUUGUUGUCAAGCUCAACAAUUAAAGGGACUUGCCUCAGUGUUUCAUGGCAGUAGGGUGGUGCCUCCCAGUCCGUCUGCCUCUGAAGAAAACUCUAAACCAAAUGCAAUCCAAAGUGUUGUUUGACGCUUUUGUAAAUCCAACGAGCACCUCCUUUUUUAUUUUGAUGUGUUCCCUUUUUAAUGCUUAACACUCACAUUCUGAUUUGUUUCGGUGGCUAAAUUAUAUCUUUUUUUUUUUUUUUAAGAUUCUUACCCACUGCAACGAUUGGAACAGGUUAUUUUUAACCCUGUCAGAAAACAUCAGAAUAAUGUGGUGGGGCAAGAAGAGGGAAUGAAAGAAAUUUAAUUGUGCUGCUAUUUUUAAAUACAUGAUUCAUAUGGUAUUGUAGAACAAAUGAAAAAGUUGAUUUUGUGCAGUGUUGAUGUGUUUGACAUAUUUAUUUGUUUUCUCUCAGGAGAUAAAUGUAGAAUGUGUGUUGUCAAAGUUCUGUUCUGGAGCACAGAUUUAGCUGGUCCCUUUUGAAUGUGUUUAAACGGUUCUUUACUAAGCUUAAUUUCUCUCUCAGAGUAGCAUUGAAGUACUUGAGUCAGGAGGCCGUGGUGCCAGAAGAGUUCCCGUUGAACCCCACCAGAUUAGAUUUUUCUUUACCUCCCCCAUGCAUGCCAUUACACUUGGCCACUCCCUGACUCCUAUGGGUAUUUUCACUGCAUUGAGAAAGGUGCACCACAGUGCCUUUCAUUUAUACUUCCAAAUUGUUAGAUGCGUAGAGGACACUUGAGCACUUUAUCUGCUUUAACCGCCCAAUUGUUUGCACACAAAAAAUUGAAUAAAAGCAGGCUUUAAUCACAUGGGUGAUUAAAUUACAUAAUUGGGAACUGAAGUUCUAAUGCAUAAAUACAUUUUAUUAGGGGAGGGAGGGAGUGGCAGGGGAGCAGUGUUCUGUCUUCAAGAAAUACUGGCUUUUGACCCUUUGUUCUGUGAUAAGUGGGAUACAGUGUGUACUCAUUUGGAAAGUGGGACUUGAGUAUUAAUCUGGGCUGUUCCCUAACACAAUGCAAGAUGUCAGGUAGUUUAGUUUACUUGACCGCAUACGUCCCAAGCUGGAAAUAUGAGUGUACUAGAGUUGGUUUGGUGUCAAAGUUUUUUUUCUGUUCCCACAGGGAAAGUGUAAUUUCUUGUACUAAAAAUGGGGGGAGGGUGUAAAUGUAUUCUUUGAUAGCCCAGACCCACCGCUCCCACCCCCUGUUAAGGCAGCACCUUUUCUCCUUUUCCUGCUUAUCUUGAAGCCAUGUGGGUUUUUUUGUUUGCCCCAUCUUCAGUACUACUUAAGUAUUUGCGAUGGAUGUUAUGCCAAAAGACAAAAAAGUAGAGUAUUAACGAGAAAGCAGUGCUUUCAGCCUGUAUAAGUGUGUGUGUGUGUGUGUGUGUGUGUGUGUGUACAUGUACAUGUAUACUGGCAAACUGUCUUUCCUUGAUCUGAUUUUUGCACAUUGUUCUAAAAGCUAACCCAGUAUGAAGACUAAACAUGACUCUAUGCCUUAACAUUUCAUGUUGUCCCUGAGCCUGACUGUGAGCUCACAACAUUGAAUUGCACAAUGUAGUCUUACUGUACAAAGAAUAGUGCAACGAUACAUGUCUUGCGAUAGUAACCUACUCUUCAGACACAUUCAUUGUAUUAAAAUGUUUUUUAUAUCAAGUCUGUAUUUUUGGAGAAAUAUCAAGCAUUUAAAAGGUACCAUGUUUUUGUAGAAUGUGAACUACUGGAAACAAAAGAAUGUAUUUAUAUGAACGUGGGAACAAUAAAAUAUAUUAUAUAAAAA